UGUGUGUGUGUGUGUGUGUGUGUGUGUGUGUGGAAGCCAUGACAGCCUCUGUAUCAGAUGUGGAGUCUCACGCUCUUCUGCUUAUAAUAUUUCGUCUCUAAAAUGCCUGAAGGGUCACGUCUCGUUUCCAUUCGCGUCUGAUCCGCCGCUUCGAUCCCCGUGGUGUCGUCUCCUCCUCGCUGAUGGAGCUCCGCGUCUUCGCGCUGCUGCUGAGGAUGCUGAGGAUGUGGCGGCUCGGUUUGCUCGCCCUCUCCGCGCUGUGGAGCACCGCUUCGGCCGUGACGCGCUACUCCAUCCCGGAGGAGAUCGCGGAGGGCUCCGUGGUGGCGAAUUUGGCCGCGGAUCUUGGGCUGGAGGCUCGGGCUCUGGCGGCGCGCAGGGUAAAGCUAGACUACAUCCUCAGCAAGAAGUAUCUGGACGUGAACAAAGAGACUGGCGAGCUGUUUAUAGCCGAGAAGAUCGACAGGGAGUAUCUGUGUCCAGCCAAAACGUCGUCGUCCUGCUUUCUGAAAAUGGACGUGAUUAUCGAGAAUCCCAUACGCAUCUUUAACAUUGAGCUGGAAAUCAUGGACAUCAAUGACAAUGCCCCGCAGUUCAGGAGGGAGAGAAUAACGCUGGACAUCUCAGAAGCAGCGACGCCUGGGGAGAGGUUUUCGCUCACCAAUGCAGUGGAUGCUGAUGUUGGGGAAAACUCCAUUGAGACCUAUUACCUGAGCGACAGUGACGAGUUCACUAUUGACAUCCAGUCUGGCAGCGAUGGAACCAAAUAUGUAGACCUGGUGCUGAAAGAUAGUCUAAAUAGAGAGAAGAAAGCCGUGCACAAUCUCAUCCUCACAGCUGUGGACGGAGGCACACCCCCGCGCUCAGGUACGGCCAGUGUCAUAGUUCAGGUGUUGGACACCAAUGACAACGCCCCCCAGUUUGACAAGCAGGUGUAUUCAGUGGAGCUGAUUGAAAAUGCAUCUAUUGGGACGCUACUUCUACAGCUCAACGCCACAGACUUGGACGAAGGAACGAACGCAGAGGUGGAGUAUUCCUACACCUUGUACACUUCGGAGAAAACCCAGGAAAAGUUCUCGCUGGACCCCAACACUGGAGAGAUCAGGGUAAGAGACAUGAUUGACUUUGAGGAGGUCAAAGGUUUUGACAUUUAUGUAGAGGCCAGAGACAAGGGAGUGAACCCUCUGUCUGAUCAGUGCAAGAUAUUAGUGUUGAUUACCGAUAUUAAUGACAAUUACCCUGAUAUCACCAUUAAAUCUUUCAAAAGCUUGAUCAGAGAAGAUGUAGCGGUAGGUACGGUGAUAGCUGUGGUCAGUGUGAGUGACAGGGACUCCGGAAAGAACGGUGAAGUUGUCCUGUCCAUACGAAACGCACCAUUGUUGCCUUUUGCUUUGAACAAGUCAGCGGAGGACUACUUUCAGCUGAUGGUUCGAGAGCCUUUAGACAGAGAGAAAGUGUCCAGGUAUGACAUCAACCUUCAUGUUACAGAUGAAGGAGCUCCACCAUUGACGGAUAAUGAGACCAUCACCUUAGAGGUCCUGGAUGUGAACGAUAAUGCACCGGUGUUUCCUCAGUCUUCUUACGCCAUCCACCUGGUGGAAAACAACGAGCCUGGGGCGUUGUUAUGUUCCCUCACUGCACGUGACCCAGACCUGAAUGAAAACCAGUACCUGGUCUAUUUCAUUGUAGAAAAGGAGAUUGCCAACACAUCUGUAUCUGUGCUGUUCUCCAUCAACCCAGAGAAUGGUGAUCUUUACGCUUUGCGUACGUUUGACUAUGAGCAUGAGAAGGAAUUCCUCUUUCACGUCGAAGCAAGAGACUCUGGAGUCCCUCCGCUCAGCAGUAAUGUGACAGUUCGUGUUAUUAUCCUUGACCAGAAUGACAAUGCGCCCCAAAUUGUAUCUCCAUGGCGUGCCAAAGGCUCCAUUAUUGAAGAAGUUGUCCCAAGGGCCACUGAUAAAGGCUCUCUUGUGGCCAAAGUGAUUGCACUUGAUGCAGAUUCAGCACAAAACUCUCGAAUCACCUACCAGUUCCUGCAAGUCACAGAUGCUACACUCUUCACCUUGGAUAGCUACAAUGGUGAAAUCCGCACUGCCAGGAUGUUCACCUACAGAGACCCAAAGCAACAGCGGCUCAUCGUUAUCGCCAAGGACAAUGGAGACCCUCCUCACUCGGCCACUGUCACCAUCAAAGUCUCCACCAUGGAGGAGGUCACGCAAUUCACAGAGACCACUGAGGUGCCCAUAGAGUAUGACCUGUUCACAGAUUUGAACCUAUACUUGCUUAUCGGCCUGGGCUCAGUGUCGUUUUUGCUGCUGAUCACCAUUUUGGUCAUCAUUGUGCUGAAGUGCCAGAAAGGGGCCACCAAAGCGGCCCCUCAGGGCAGGAACAGCAUCGUCAGCCAGAGGAACUCCACCAUCGCUGACUCCACACUCAUCUCCAGUGACGCAUACUGGUACAGUCUGUUCUUGGCUGAGACCAGAAAGGGCAAGGUGGUGGUCCGACAACCGCUACCGAAUGGUGCUGGCUUUUUUGUGUCCAGUAUACCUCGGAGCUCGGCGCUGACAGGGACUAGUGAAUCAAGGUCUUCCACUUUACAGGAAUCUAGCAGCGACCUGCCUUGAUCUCAACUCUGCCUCAGAUGCUUCUUCCAGUGGAACGAUUGUGAUGAGAGCCAGUGAGAAUGCAGUUCUGAUGAAAUGGAAACUUCGUAUAUCUGAUAGACAUUUAUUAAAGGUCCCACCCCGUUUUAUCAUCCACCCUUAGUCACAGCGAGAAUGACUUUGCAUGGAUAGGAAAACUGUGAUUGACUUAAUACGACUGAUCUGAGUUGAGGUCAAGUAGGAGAAAGAGCUGUCAAGUGAAGCAGGAAAGACCGAUACAGUGAUGGGGAAGUAUUAGAACCCCUUUCAAACCACCCCUUCAAACCACUCCUGCUUUUCUUUUGAAAUUUGAUUAUGUAUUUCUGCAUGUCACCAGUGAUGGCUGGACUGCAGCUAGACUGGAACCAUAAUCCCCAUAAAUGAUAAAUAACUGGAUCAUAUAAAUUAUGAUCGGAACAGCACAAUUACCUGAGCCAGGCCUGCGGAAUAUGGGCUUUUGAUUUUAUGAAUUGUCGCUGUCAUACUAAAACCUCAUAUCUGCAAAAUGUUAACUAGGUUCUAACUUUAAUGUAUGUUAAUGUAAUGAAAUUUUCUUCUGUGUAAUUUUGGACCAUUUCUACUGGCCCAUUGGUUGUUGUUGGCCCAAAUUUUCGCACAAUGUAAAGAAUGUACAAGAAAAAAAAAUGUCGUGAGGUUUUCUUAUGACAGUUAAGUUAAGCUGAGUAUAGCUGCUUUAUACCUGUAUACAGGGCUGGUAACUGUACUUAAGUGAAAGUACUGUGUGAAGGUGGAGAACGUAAAUGUAUUUAUAUUUAAACAUACUUACAUAAAGAAAAAUGUAAACAUUUUGAAAGAUAAAAGGCAUGAUGCUUUGGUAACACUUUGAACUUUGCUACACAACACUGACAUAACCAUGCCAUAAGCAUAAGCUAUGACCUGUUAUGAGCUGCCUUGGCAGAUUUGUUCAGUGAUGAAACUCUACACACUUAAAAAGACGGUUCUUCAAGAGUUCUUUAGUAAAGGCAAUGGUUCUGUUUAGAACCACGGGUUCUGUGCUUAAAUGGUUCUUCGCAUGGUGGAAUGGUUCUUCAGAUUGAUGGAGAA